UGUGUCUACGCCGACGGUGCAGUGUGGCAUUGACAACUGCGAGCUUGAAGUCCACGACAACUCAACGCUUCUCGACAUUUCACGUUCGACGAUUUGGACCCGAAGGCUAACGCUGUCAACGUACUGUCAAUGUCUCUCCACGAGGUCUGGCAAGCAGCGGCAAGCAGCCCGUUCCAGCCUGCGGUUGGUAAGGACAGCCAGCUUUUUGUAGGCUUGUUCCUGCUGCUCAUCGGUUUGAUUUUCACCGGCCUUUUUGGACUAAAUCGAUCACUACUCUCAAUCCCCUUGUACGGAAUUCCUGCGUCUCUGGCGUUCGGUAUCGGGGCCGUCUACACAAUCUGUGGCUUUGGGGUAUACGUUUGAAAGCGCUCCAACAACACCCACCUCGACUUUGGAAGGAUACACUGUUUGACGCUAGGGAAAGCCGGAUUCCUCCUCUAAUCUAAUGGCCGAUCGUCCUGUCUUCACCGCCAUCUCCACGUCAGCGAGGCAGUUGCAUUCGUUACUCCGCUGUAUCGCUUUCUCCCCACGGGCAGAGGUCCAAAUCACACAUAAAGGCAUCCGAUUCUCAGUGGAAGAAGCACGAGUAGUCCAAGGGCUGACAUUUCUUGACAAAGCCUUGUUUUCGACAUACACUCUAAACCUUGAUGAUGAGCAAUCCCUGCCAGCGUUUUCCAUUUCCAUCGUUGCGCUUCUCGAGACGCUACAGAUUUUUGGAAUCGCAGAAACGAACUCCUCGCGCAACCCAUAUGGUGGCUUCUCGUCCUCGUAUGGAAACGCAUUCACCACCCCAGCGCUCGCGUUGGGAGGGACAUGUCGCAUCUCGUAUCAAGAACCCGGGGCUCCCCUCACAAUCACGAUCCAAGAAGGAUCCGUCACGACCACGUGUGAGAUGAACACAUACGAGGCUGCCCAUGACGCAUAUGAGGAUGACGGCGGGAUCCCACUGGACCGGACCGCUCUGUGUUUGAGAACCAUCAUGCGGAGCACUUGGCUGUAUGAUGCCUUGACCGAGUUAUCCGGAACGAACCCCACAGCCCUAGUGCUGAAUGCUUCGAACCGGUCUCGUCCUUAUUUGGCUCUCGAAGGUGAAGGGGGUCCAUUCGGUGACAGCACGGUGGAAUUCAUGCCAGAGGCCAAGAAUGACCCUGCACCAAGUGGGACCCGCGGUCAGAAGCAGCCGCUUGUCACCGAAACGUUCGCCGUCAUGCCGCCCCCGGGGUCGUCCAACGGGAGAUUGAGACAGCGAUAUAAAUUCGAUAUGGUCAAGAGAGCCGGCAGAGCAAUGGCGUUGGCGAGCAAAGUCAGCGUCCGUCAGGAUCGUCAAGGAGUAUUGAGUCUUCAGUUUAUGAUCGACCUUGGAGACGGGGCCAACGCCGGCGGCGGCCGUCGAGAUGACGCUGGUGCUGCUGCUGCCGCAGCCGUGACUGCUCCGCCUCUGACGCCCGGAAGUGUGGCUUUUGUCGACUUUCGCUUUGUUCCCUUGCUGGGUGACGACGACGACGACGAUGAGGAGGAGGAAGAUAGUCAAAUUGGGGCCGAGAGUGAGGAAGAGGAAGAGUAGCUCCCAACCAAGAUCUACGGCUACGUCAACUGCCUAGGCACCUUCUUAACAAUCCGAAAUGGUUGUUGUGUUCAAAUCGGCUCAGCAAUCUCCUACCUCUGUCUCAAGCUUAUCUCGCGUGCGAUUCUCAACGUUGCAUUUUCUAUUUUCAAACAUUUUCUAUUUUCAACCAUUUUCUCCUCGUGGUUCUUACAUUUAUUAUAUUGUGCUGUGGUGUCCACAUCCCGGUCCCCUGCCGCGAUAAAAUAAAGCGAGAGCUGCUCCCGGUGUGGCUGCCGGUGUGGUCAUAGUACGAGUGGAUUUUGUUGGAACUUGAAAGUUGUCGAAUUUUUUCUAUGUGAAUCUCCAAGUCUGCUUUUCUCCCCUCCCACUCGUUUGUCUUUUUUCAAAUUAUAGAUAUUAGGUCUCAAUAGUGGUAACUUGAAUGUACAUACGAUAUAUAAAUGUGUGCGUGCAUGCAUACAUUCAUACAUUCAUACAUUUAUAUAUAGAUACAGGAUGUCGAUAUACUAGUAUGCAUACAUAUAUGUGUACAGAUGGAUAUACAUACUUAUAUUCUACUGUAGUUGUUAAGCCUCGCACCAGCACUAUUAUAC